UGGGGCGUGAGCGUCAGUGCUGGGAAAGAACGUCCUCACACACGCGAUGACUUGCUUACAAAAAAGAGUCAUACGUGUAUUUUUACUAGUGCUUAUCGUGCUUUUGAAUUCCUUCCAGCCCUGUUGUCCGGUUAGUUUAGCGCAAAGGGAAGAUGACGCGACCGGCCGGCGAGGAGAGUCCGCCUCAGCCGGGAGGGAGAGGCUCGAGCACGGUCCGCAGGGGCAGCCGCGUGAGGUUAUAGAGGUUUCAUGGACCCCGAGUCUGGAUUUAUCCAGCCUGGCAGAACUCCUGGUGCCCCGGUCAGACUUCAAGCCUCCCACUAAUCCACUCCGCCGUGUCAGGGCACCGAAACCUGAGCAAACCAGCAACAGCUUGGCCCUCAACAGCUCCACCUGGACCACUGGGGAAGUCCAGGUGGAAGGAAGACCCUCUGCUCCAGACCCUGAGGAUGGUUAUCAAGCUGAUUUUACAGGUUUUUCUGUAUUUCAGGGGAAUGUUUUGGGCCUGCUGUCUGACUCCAACCCACAUUUCUCUGAAUGGAAGGCUAUGAGACCUCAGGUGGAGUGUGCUGAUAAUGUCUUGAUCUUUACUGCUUCAGGUCAAGGCUACGCACACCUCCUGGUUGACAGAGGGAGUGCCUCUCCCAUCUCCAUCUUCCAGCUACCUUCCUACUGUGGCUACUCAGUGAAGUCCUCAUGGACCGAGCUGGAGAUGAUGGUGCCAUAUGAUGGCUGCUACAUCACUCAAGAGAAUGGCAGUUACGUGCUGCCCAUGGUGUGGUUGGGGAGCCCACUGAAGCUGUCCUGCCCCAUGACGGUAUCCACAGCUAUUCCCAUGUACUCCCUGUCUGCUCCCUCAGUCUUCUGCUCUGCCUAUGGCAUGGCGGUGCAGAUCCAAGGGCAGGGGCGCGGUGUACCUGUCCUCGGCGUCAUAGUGGAUGGAGCAAAGGAUCGGUUUGUAUCUGACACAUGUGCGUCCCAGGUUGACUCUGACGCCCAGGAGGUUACCUUUCUUAUCGCUCACAGUGCUCCUUGUAUCGUGACUCAUGAUGGUCUGCAACUUCGGCUCGUAUUGGAUGAUGUACAGUAUGUUCUGUCCUGCCCAGUCAUUCCUCAGUUUCCCUAUGCUCCCUCCCUGCCUCAGUAUCCUCCUCUGUCUCCCGGUGAGCCUCUGCCCUCAUACGUCCCAGAUCCAGUCACCCCCGUCCACACUACCACUCUCCUGCCCUCAAAGCAAGCCCCAGUUGAUGAGCAGACUAAGCAAAUCCCACAUUUUCAGCACUACCCCUCUUCUGGUUUCCUGUUGCUACCAAAACCGUUCCCUUUUGCCCUACAAAGCCCUCGUUCCCCUCAUCCCACCGUUGAUAACUUCCCUGAGUCUGUGCAGAAACACUUCCAGAACCCCUCUGCAUCUGAAAAGGCUUCUUCUUCUUUUGGCAGCCAUCUGCCGCACUUCCCUCAUCAUUUUCACUCGAAGGAUCCUUCUGAACAUCAGGAUUUUGAAUUGCCUAACCACAUGUCUCAGUAUCCAUAUACUGUGUUGUAUCCCUACGUGCCCUUCUAUUACCAGGAACCGACCCGAUCAGCUGAAGGAAACCCCGAACCUCCAGCAGGUCCAUACUAUCCUCAGUACUAUCACCAGGAACAUCGUUAUCCUAUGUCCACAGCGACACCCGUGACCCAAGCUCCAGCUCUUUUACCUCGUCCGUCCUUUCCACCAAAACAGCCUUUGAAUCCACAGCAUCAGACUAGUCCGUUUUAUCCGAUGUCUUACUAUCACCAACAAGCACUUUCUUACUCUGCUUCACAUCCUGCUGCUGCUCAACCAGUCGGCUCCCCUGAUGGUCCCAGAUAUUAUUCCAGCCAACCUAAUGUCCUAACUCCCUUUCACCUUCAGCUGCCUCCGUAUCUGCCACCAAUCAAACAGGAGCCUCAGAAACCGGUAGCCAGUCAUCACAACUUCAACCAAGGAAACUACCCUAAACUCCACCCGCCACCUCCCCACCAUCCAAAGGUUCCUUCUCGCACCGCAGCCCCGGACUGGGUCGCCCCUCAGAUGGCCCAUAUCCAGUGUCUGAAGGAGAACAUGUCAGCUUUCCUGCCUUUUGCUGAUCCCAAAUCUGUGCAGGUCAGAGACCCAUUAAAGUCAUGGCAGUCGCUCUCCAGCGUGUCUCCAUUCUGUGGCUACGUGUUAGAGAGGACUGCGCACCACGGCUUAAUCCUCCGCUCUCCCCUGCCGGCCUGUCACAGCCAGUUAGAGACUCCCACAACCAUUUCUCUCCCCAUAAAUUAUUGGGACUUCUACACUGGGCAGAAUAGGACUGUGAAUCUGCAGUGCCCAUAUCAGAGCACCCCUGGUACUCCAGCAACAGCUACUCCGCGGAGUUUCCCCUCCCCUCUGAGCACCACUAAGGACAAGCCGGGUCCAUCCGUUGUCACGAGGGCUGAAGUCUUCUGCUCCGUCCAGCAGAUGAAGGUCGUGCUUCCCCCUGGACCCGUUUCAGAAAUAGUUCUUAAAGACACUGAUGGGAACCAGACGAGCCUCCAUGAAGCCCCUAAAGAAUGUGGAUAUUAUGCAAGUGAGGGCGAGGAUGGCAAAAUCCAUUUGUUUCUCCAGUUACAUUCACACUGUCAUAUGAGUGUGCAGGAGAAGAUGUACAUUAUCAACAUCCUCUACACAACACAGAGUGGAAGAAAGGAGGUGAAGGUUUCCUGUCCACUUGUGAUCCCGAGGUCUGAGCAUGAGUGCAACCUUCACAGCGAAUACCGCCUCCCCUGCGGAUCCAGCUCUAUAUCCCAGACACAGUGCCUCUCCAUGGGCUGCUGCUUCGACAAGCACCCCCCUGCCUGCUACUACCCAAUGGAUGAAUGCACUAUUGACCGCCACAUGGUCUUCUCUGUGCCCGCCUCCCUCACGGACCCCCCUCUUUCUACUGCGCUGCUGGUCGCUGCCAACAACUCCACCUGCAAACCUCAGAGAGUGACCCCUGAGUAUGCAUUGUUCAAUAUCCCAAUGGACGGCUGUGGGACACGCAGAGUGGAGGUGGGAAAGACUGUAGUGUACAUGGUGGAGAUUACGAACAUAAUUCAAACUGUCAGCCUUAACUACGGCACCAUCACAAGAGAUUCCCCCGUCAGAUUGCUGGUGGAGUGCAGGUACAUGCCAGGAACACUUCUCAGUGUGAGCUACGUUGUGAAAACUCCCACCUUUGGUCCUGGUAUUCACACUCAGGGUGUGUUUGGAGUCCAGCUGAGGAUCGCCAAAGAUGCCCAGUACAGCAGUUACUACCCACAGUAUCACCAGCCUCUGCACAUGAUGCUGGGGAAACCUCUCCACCUUGAAGUGCGCCUCCUCAACUCCCCAGAUCCCAGUUUAGUGCUGCUGGUGCACUUCUGUGUGGCCUACCCACGCUCUGGAAAAGCUGUGUGGGUGUUGCUUUACAACGGAUGCCCCAACCCUUUGGACCCAGCUCCACCAAAGACAGUUCUGUCAGACCCUACUCCUCCUUCUCCUCAGAGUCAGACCCGACGCUUCACCAUUCGCACCUUUCAGUUCCUCCCGGAUGGGGACUUCCAGGACACGGACGAGGAGAUCUACUUCAUGUGUUCAACUGAGAUCUGCUCUCCUCGGGACGGUCCUUGUAUUGAGGGAUGCUUUGGUCACUGAUGAUAUGACGCAACCUUCAAUAAAAAAAUCUUAAACGACUCUGAAGGCUUUGCUGUGUUUUCCUUUAAACCUACAGAUGUUUGGUUUUAUUGAAGUGGGAAUCAGCAAAAGAAGUUGUCUGCAAGAAAAACCACAGCAAGAGAAUCUCACCUGUCAUUCACAAGUAUUAUUCUG